AUGCCACCACCGUAUAACUUUGCUUUUACAUCCUUCGGAUACGUCCAGGCAGGCCAGUUGGUUAGCUGUGUCAUCUUUCUCCCGUUAUUGGGCUACGGAGGCGAUCUGACCAUCCGCGCCUUGAGUCGCCGCAACAAGGGUCUGUAUAAGCCGGAAUACCGCCUACCUAUGAUGGUUAUCCCAGCUGUGGUUGGCGUCGUUUGUUGUAUUAUAUACGGACAAGCAGCAAGCAAUCCAGAGAAAUGGAAUGUCAGCGCUGUGGUGGUCUCGUAUAAUGCUAGCUUCUUUGCGUUCAUCGGAGCCAACAUCGUCGGCAUCACUUACGCUGUUGACAGCUUCCCCCAACGUGCUGCUCCAUUCCUGGUUGUUAUCUGCGCUGGACGAGGGACUAUCUCGUUUGGGUUGAGCUAUGCUACUUUGCCUGCUGUUUCUACUGUUGGAUAUGAUGGAACCAUGAUUGUGGAAGGGGUAAUCUGUGGCGCUUUGGCUGUUCUGACUAUCCCGGUCUACAUUUUCGGGCCGAGAAUUCGACCGUUUUCUCGGCGUUUCUUCAUGAAUGAGGAGGAGAAGUAUAUUUAA